AUGCGCACCUGCAUCCUCUCCCCCCUUCGAAUCAAGUCCACACUAGUCACCACUACCACAACCACCACCACUUACACCCCACGCUUACUACUCUUACCGACCACCACCACCACCACCACCACCACCACCACCACCAAGAUCACCACUCACCACCCCAUCGACUUCUACCUUCAAGCACGUACAAUGUCCUCCUCUCACUCCAAGACCCAACUCAAAGGAGGCUGCACCUGCAAAACCGUCCAGUACACCCUCACCCUCAACUCGGUGGAAGAUGCUCGGACAACACUCUGUCACUGCAAGUCCUGCAAGCGAGCCUUUGGGACAAAUUACGGACUCACAGCCAAGGUUGCCUUGGAUGCUUUCUCGUACAAUGACGGGACAGAGACGCUCAAGAAGUACACGCAGCAGAACGGGGUGACGAGGGAGUUUUGCGGGGAGUGUGGGGUUUUUAUUUGCGAGUAUGGUGUAAGUACCUUCUCGCCCUCUUGA